AUGGCGUUGGCAGAAACGCUUUUUCUUCAACUGCUGCUGUUGGGAGCCAACCUGUCAAGGAGCUGGGCUUUGGCCAGCACCGAGAAGCAAUGUAUUGAUUUUCGCGAUAUCCGAGUUAUGGGUGAAGAGCACUCACUUAAUGGUACUGUGCACAUUCUCGAAGAUAUGGAUGCCAGACAUUUUCAAAUGUCGGCUGAUUUUCAGCACGAUCCCAAGCGAAAUCAUAUAUGGAAGCCAAUGAUAUUCUUUGUACCCAGUAUGGACAUCUGUUCGGGGCUGAGAGUGUUCUUUGAAAACUACGGCAAAACGACAUUGCGACAGGGCGAGAACACAAAUCUGCCAUUUACGGGCAGAGACUGUCCUCUAUCCCAGGGUACGUACUUCGUAAAAAAUAUGCUGAUAAAUAGCGAUAACUGGCCGGGUAUAAUACCCUUCGGUGGUAUGAGGGUAAAUCUACGAUUCUAUAAGCAAUAUAAGUUUGUGGGUGGCCUAAGCCUUACCUUCAAUGUGGAGCGCCAACUUUUGUGA